GGCGGUCACGGCGGACACGCAGCCGGCGGGGCGGGGAGCGCGGCCCCAGCGGCCGGCAUGAACCCCGGGCGGCCGGCGCUGCCCGCGGCCGUGCCGAGGUACCGACUCCCCCCAACAGGGAGCCGCAGGGCGAGUAGCGCUGCCGCGGCCGGGCCAGUCACCUCCGGGUCCAUGAGCCGCCGCCAGCCGCCAGCCGGGACUGCCGCCGCCAGCGCCGGGCCCAGCUCCCCCAGCCCCGCCGCCGCUUCCGCCGCCGCUCCGCCGCCCUGCCGGAGGACGGUCCCGCGCCCUCCGCUGUGAAGACGAUGGCCGUGACUCUAGAGCAGGCCCGGCGGGUGGGCUAUACCUGUCUGAAAGCACUCCUCAGGUUCGCUUUUAUGGUCGCCAAUAACCUGGUUGCUAUUCCGUCCUACGUCUUGUAUUUAAUUAUCCUGCAGCCUCUCCGAGUGUUGGAUAGUAAAAGCUUCUGGUAUAUCGAAGGAGUGUUAUUUAAGUGGCUUUUAGCUAUGGUGGCUUCCUGGGGCUGGUGGGCAGGAUAUACAGUAGUGGAAUGGGGUGAUGAAGUUAAAGCAGUAUCAGAAGAUGAAGCCAUGGUGCUGGUCAACCAUCAAGCAACAGGUGACGUCUGCACUCUGAUGAUGUGCCUUCAGGAUAAAGGCACGGUUGUCCGUCAGAUGAUGUGGCUGAUGGAUCAUAUUUUUAAGUAUACCAACUUUGGCAUCGUGUCUCUAAUCCAUGGAGACUUCUUUAUAAGACAGGGAAGAGCACACCGUGACCAGCAGCUUGUGUUACUCAAGGAGCAUCUAGAAAAAUAUUACAGGAGCCGUAAUCGGAAAUGGAUUGUUUUAUUUCCAGAGGGUGGCUUUCUUAGGAAAAGGAGAGAAACAAGCCAGGCAUUUGCCAAGAAAAACAAUUUGCCAUUUCUUAAACAUGUCACCCUGCCGAGACUUGGGGCAACGCAAGUAAUUCUGAAAACACUUGUAGCGCCGCAAGAGAAUGGAACUCCAGCAAGUGGAGAUGCUGUGAUAAAAGAGAGCAAAUCAAAAGGCCUCCAGUGGGUGAUAGAUACAACCAUUGCGUAUCCCAAAGGUGAACCUAUAGACAUCCAAACUUGGAUUCUUGGCUACCGACAACCAACGGUUACACAUGUACAUUACAGGAUUUUUCCAGUUAAAGAUUUACCUGCAGAGCCUGAAGCUCUUACAGACUGGCUGUAUCAACGAUUCAUUGAAAAGGAAGAUCUCUUGACACAUUUCUAUGAAACAGGAGCUUUUCCUCCACUGCAGGGUCAAACAAAAGCUAUUUCUCGGGAGAUGACCCUCAGUAACCUGUGGCUAGUCGGCAUACAAUCACUUGCAUUUUUGUCAGGCGGUAUGUGGUACUGCAUCUUUCAGUAUUUUUAUCAUUGCCUAUUUUAAAAGUGGAAUGGGACCUGAGGACACAAUGGGAAUCCACGCUCUUGCAAACGAGUAUCAUGUUGUGUGUGCAAAUGUGAAUAUUCAAAGGUAAAGGAAAAUACUGGACGGACUCUUACCUCUCUUUGGGGAAAUUUUAAACUCCACUAAAAGUGAAGAUGAGUAACAUAGUGACCUGAUGAUGUAUUAUUUUAAGAAUUGUCUGUAUUUUUAAAAAUGUAUACUCUCACCCACACUUAAGAAAAUUCAGCAUUUUGGACAAAAAGGUGCAAUCGUACAACCGCCAUAGAAGAAUGUCUGUGACAAGAAAGCUCUGUCACCACAAGUAUUUCUUGGCAUUGUAGUUAGCUCAGAAAAUUCAGCAACUUGUCUUUUCAGUAGUCUGUACAGCAUUGGUGUGGUAGAGGUUCCUCAUUUGCACAACUUGUACUUUAUUGCAACCCAUUGUGCUGGAGUCAGAGAGACUCGACAGAGCCAGUGGCGGUAUCUGUGCGGCUACGCAGUCAGCAGUUGUUGUAUUAGACACAUUGAUGUAAAACCAAGACCCAAGUAAGAUCCAGCAUCAGGUGUGUUUCGUGAGGACUCCGUCCUCAAAAAAAGCAUCGCGGCAUCGUAGUGUGACUAAAAGCUGUCCGCGUCUGAUCAGUCAGCCCAUCCCUGCUGUGGUCUUACCAUCAGCGCUCCGAAUUCCAUGUCCUGCCAGUGUCUCGUAUUAUGAGGAAACUUGGAAAAUACAAAGUCACUUGGUUUAUUUGCCUUUGUUGUUCGGAAUGCAUCUCAACGAGCAUUAUCAGUUUUCAAAAUGCACUUUGAAAGGUGGAAGUACAGUGAAGGAAAGACAUAAAACUUAGGGAAUAGGGAAAAGCUUUAUUUGUCAUGUGUUGGAAGCCAGAGCAAUUCUAGCUGUUUCUGAAGGUCUGCUGGUGCUGCUGGUGAUUUUUAGCCACCUUCAUAUUUUGUAUACUGCAGUCCAACCAGGGUGACCUUUGAGUGGUUUAUAGAGGCCUUUUUCUCCCCCGCUAGUGGCAACGGCGCUAAAUAUACUCGUGGGAGAGUUUAAGUAAUUCAAUGCCAACCAUCUUAAUGUUUUGCUAAGGAAUAACAGAAGAAAAACGAGUUUCUUAAAAAGAAAAAAUAGGUAUAAUUCCUAUCAUAAAUUUAUACAAAGAUACUACUGCAAAAAAAAAAAAAGAAAAAAAGAAAUAAAUCUGGUAAAUACUCUGAAUUAACUACAUGGAGGGCAGUGUUUAUUAGCUCACCACCAUGCUAAAAUCCUACCGGAAGAAGGAUGAGUUGCAUUUAAAGGCAAACUGGAACAGAAGACACUUUCAGAUGUGUAACGUAGGACACUUCUGAAAGGCCGUCAGUGAUGUACGGACUUAAUUCUGGCAGGUCUUGUUGGCAUUGUGUUUAUGUGAUUAUACGCAGAUUUGAGAGAGCUGUUCCUAAAAUAAAACUAAUCUCUCUAAAUAUAAGCAGGAGAGCCAGAACUUCAGAUGUUGGCAUGCUGCCUUUUACAGAGUAAUUCUACUGAGAACAAAGCAAGCCCUCCACAGUUUUGGCUCUGCGUUAGCAAUAUUGAUCCCCCCUUUUCUCUCCCUCUCCUGCUACAUGAAUCCCAGCGGGGGCUGUGCAGAACACAGAACCUAGCCAGCGUGCUCUUUGGGCAGGAGCUAAGAGCGUACCAAAAUACGAGGCAGUGCCAGUUUCUCUGACAUAUAGAAGAAUACCUGAGUCAAAUAUGCCACCCUUAUCCCCCCAAAAGCAGUAGUUUUCUCCUGAGGUAGCUCAGUGGGGAUGGCAGCAAAACGUUCCACCAUAGUAAAUUCCCCUGAACCAGGAGUCCCCCCUCGUUGACUGAAAAGACGGGCUGCAGCUGGGGGCGGGAGCGGUGUUUGCCGCCAGCUCCACCUUCUACGUAAGGCACCGUUUCUGGAGCCCAGCUCUUUACCCCCAUCAUACAGCUGAAGUCUGGCAUAACAUUAAAGCCAUUUAAAAAGAGGUUUGCCCUGAGAGGGAGGCAGUCUCAGGAGUGUUGGGGUUGUUUUUUUUCCUGUUGCUGUUGCUAAAGUGCAGCUGCUGGAAUGGACGGACGUAUUUCAUCUGCCAUUUUACAGGAGGGUGUCAGGGCAGCCCGGCGUGGUUUCCGUGUCAGCGGUUAUGUCUGCUGCACGUGGGCGUAGGCAGCCCCUCAAAACUGCAAAAUGUAGAUGGCAAGCUACUUAUUUCUGUCCCCCACCAGGUGGUUCGAUCAGACCCACGGAGAUGCCCAAAGUGCAGCUGGUUUUAGUUUGAGCUAGGACAGGCAGGAGUGCUAUAAAAAGGGAAGUUGAUAGAAGCAGAUUGCACAGCAGUAACUCACAUCAGGAGAUUGUUCUUUAUAGACCCUGUGAAGUCCGUGUAGGAGCAUAUUUGUUUUUUCCAAAUGCAGGGGUUUGGGUUUUUUUUCCAGUGGAUUGCAGUCAGUAGUGAGUGUUCACAUGCUGCCUAAAGAAAUAGGUGAUGCGCAAUAAUGUUUCAGAUAAUCAUUUGAUUUAUCUGGUCCUGUUCAUUUUCAGUUUGUUCCUCUGUAGUUCCUACUAUUGUGAGACAUUUGUUUGCAAGCACUGAUUGUUGUUUCCGUAGGGUGAGUAAAUAGUACUAGGUCUUAGGCUUCUUGCCUGCCUGCACUGGGAGAUGUGAAGGGAGCCUGACGUUGUGUCUCCUUACGGCUGAGUUGCUGUAGAUGACAGCGGAAUGAAACCGUUGUUAGGAAACUCCAGAGUGCCCUCCCAGCGUGAACUUGGAUGCUGCUUCAUGAAAGAGAAUAAAUUGGAUAAAAGAGGUUUUUUCUAUUAAGGGAAGAACAUAAAAUGGAUACAGUAGGUAGGAAGUCCAGUGCUAAAAAUACCGUGCUGGUCCAGACUGUUUGGAGCUUAGCGGGCUAGUUUGUAAAAUGUAAAUUCCUGUCGGUUGCAGUUUGGUUCUGGCCUCUGGCAGUUGGCUGGUGUCACGGAUGUAGUGGGCAUCCUGCUGCGCCCUCCAGGCGCCUCCUCUUCUGAAGAGUUCAAACUACAUUUGGUAGAAAACGAUGUUCAUGAGCCGUACAGUUAAUCUCAAAAUGGUUAAUUAAUAGAACUUUGAAUAUAUGUUAGGGGAAGCAUAAUGGAAGACUGUAUAAAGUGAUAAAGAAUGAGAAAUCCACAGAAGAACCGCCACCUGAAAGCUGUUGCGCACAGACGUGAGCACGUGGCAAUUGCAGUGUGUUGUGAAUAGAGAUGGUUCCCUGCCGGGGCUGCACACAGAACAUCUGUACGUUUCUGUGUUUGGCUGUUCAUAAACAAGCCGGUACAGCUGCACCGCUGUGGGCCCUCGCGGCCCGGCACGACGCUCCUCGGGUGCCGAGGGGUGCAGGAAGCGUUCCUGCCCCUUCGCGAGGAGCGCCGCUUCCCUGGGAGCCGGCUGCCGAGCGCGCCUUCCCCGCCGGCUCUCUGGUCUGCUGCGUACGGGUCUGACCGGGUGGUGCAACAACCGUGUCUCUUGCAGGAGGGAUUUUUUUUUUUUUUUUUUUUUUUUUCUUAGUUGCUCUCGCCAGAUUUUGAAAAGCAAGAUUUCAGUUCACUGUGCUCACUGGAAAAUUAAAAGCUUCCUUCUCCUUCCUCCACCCCCAGCAUCAAAACUAAGAUGCAUCUAAUUGCAGUAAAAAUACGAUGAUUACUGUGGGUACUGUUCAUUAUUCACUUGUUUUGCAAAGGAUGUAACUUUUUUUUUUGUCUGACACUGCCAUAAAGUGCUGUUAACUUCUUUCACCUCUUUGUACAAGAUAAUGCAGAUACCGAUCACUGUGUGUGACAGGAUUCAACUGCUCCUCUUUGCCUUGACAUAAUUUUUGGGACCAAAGGUACUUACAACUGGGAUUUCCAAACCAUGUGACAGGGGUUGGCUGCGUUCUCUUGAUAGUCAGCUGGAGAUUUUGUGGUGAUCUUAAUACAAUCACACAAAAUAAUUACACGUCUGGGAUACUGUAUUGUUUGGAAAUAACGGAGCCAUAUGAAAUAAAGGGUUAUUUUGCAAAAUUGCAUAUUUGAUAGUUUUUACACUUUUUUUAAAAGCAGAACAAUUGGAAGAGCAAAAUUGAAACUGUACUCUGGUUUAAAAUGUCUGCAUACAUUAUGAACACUUCUCAGGAGCUUUAUUUUUUCUCUGUAAAAACUGUAGACUACCUGGCUGUGAUACAAAAGAAGUCUUUGAAAGGGUUCUGUGCAUUUUAAAGUUAAACCUUUUCUUUUGUCAUUGGAUAAUGAAGUAAUUAUUCACUGAACAACUAUCCUAUUAAAGUGAGCUAUUUCCUUAAAAUUACUCUACAGUGGUGUUCAUUUUGUAUGAUAAAAAUCAGUUUUCUUGAUACCAGUUAUUUUCACCUCCAGUUUUUUCCAUCUCUCCUGUGUUACCUGCAUUUUUGUUUUGUAUGAUGAAAUGGAUGCAGAAGCCUGUAGGGACUCUCAGUGAUUUUGCAAGGGGCUGGUCAUGUUUGGAAUUAUUAUACUGAAUUUAUUUUGUUGGAUUUUUUAAUCAAAUCUUUCCAGCAGCCGAGAUGUCUUUCAGAAAUGUAGACAGGUUCCAGAAGCCGCAUUUCUCCACAGAGAUGAUUAGGUGUCUUUUCCCAUUAUUUUUUUUUUGUGUGGCAAAAAUAAAGUUAAUUUUUUUCAAGAUUAUUUCACGUGCUUCUAAUCCUUAAUAGCUGAGGUGGUUUUCUUUGGUUGUAUUUAUUGCGCUCAUAUCUAAUAGAUACGCAGUCUCUGUUGUGCUUGCCUGAAACACGACAAAGUAACACCUCGGUUCACUCUACAGCGUUGGUGUUACCUCGUAAUAAUUACGUUGCUGAUGUGAGCGCUCAUCGGGAAGGACACGGAGACCGCUGUCCCUAUGGCAGAAGCGGUGAGGGGAGGAGUGGAGCCGGAGGGAGUUGGGGGGAAGGCAGCUCCCGCAGCCCCCCUCGCCCCCGUCCCCGCGGGGAGCCGUGCUGGCGCUCAGCCCGCAGAGUUUCUCCGCAGGUCGCUGCGCAGCAAUGAGUCCCCUUCGCGUUUCUGAGAGCUGAGGGUGCAGCAGGAGCUGGAACCCUGUCGAGCCUGGAUUGCCACCAUCCUGGAAGGAUGUGGAUCCAGCCUUUCUGCGAGCGAGGCUGUAAUCGUUUUGUAGAUAGGUGUAAUUUUUAGCAGAGUGGUCUGUCUCUAAACGACUUCAGCUCGGCAAAGCAAUACCGAGUGGGACAGCGCCGUCCGUUCCGUGGCCCCGGCAUCUCUCGCUGACCGUGGCUCUUGGCUCCGUGGCGCCUUUCGUGUUAACUGCUGGGCUGUAAUCCUGCGACGCAGAACAAUGGAAAAGGGAACUCCUUGGAGCAUAGUAAGACAUCCUGCACAAUUUCCAAAACAGCGCCAUGGUUGUAGUUACAUCUACCUCUUUGUUUCCCUUCUGGGUUUUGUCUUGUUUUUCUGUGUGGUGUUUUUCUGUGAAGGGUGGGGGGGAAAUGGGGAGGGGGAGGGAGCAAGUGGGAGGGAAGACUUGAAAUCUGAAUCUCGAGACACUGGUGGGGGAUCCAGUGCUUACCAGCCGUGUUGUCAUUGAAAAAGCCAUUGUUUUUAAUUCCUGCCUAGUAUGAAAUGUUUGUUUUAAAAAAUCCUUCCUGCCUGAAAGAAAACUGUAUUUUUAAAAAGAAAACACAUCCCUCUUUUGGCUAUGAGAAUGUCAGCUGUAUGAAUUGUGACCAUGUCAUGACAUGCUGAUCAGAUAUAAAUAAAUUUUUAUCUCUCAGGA